AUGGAAAAAAUUUUAGAUAAAAAAUUAAAAGCCAUUAUGAGAAAAUCUUUCCCUCCCCUUUUUUGUGUUGCAUCGAACAAAUCGAAAACAUCUCAAACCAAACCUGUAUUGAUAUCAUUUCCUUGGCUAACAAAAAGAGACAUCGAAGUUAAAUUAGAUGAAAAAAAAGUCGGAGUAGAAUCUCACGUUGUCAUACCUACAACUAUUGAAUUUUCCGAUUUGAAUAGGGAAACAUGGGAAAGAAGACUUGAUUUUUUAUUAUCGAUAAUCGGUUUCGCUGUCGAUUUGGCUAACGUUUGGAGAUUUCCAUAUUUGUGUUAUAAAAAUGGCGGAGGCGCUUUUCUCAUUCCCUACACUCUAAUGAUGGUUUUCGGUGCUGUUCCUUUAUUUUACAUGGAACUUGUUUUGGGACAAUAUAACCGACAGGGUCCCAUAAGCGUUUGGAGAAUAUGCCCAUUAUUUAAAGGAGUCGGUUUUUGUGCAGUCAUGGUUGCUUUUUACGUUUCUUUUUACUACAACGUAAUUAUAGCUUGGGCUCUUUAUUUUUUAACUGCCAGUGCGACGCCAAAUUUACCAUGGGUUCAUUGUAAUAAUUCUUGGAAUACCGAUCACUGUUGGGAAUCAGCUGAAACCGUGCAAAAAAUAUCAGAUAAUGUUUCUUAUUUUAUGCAAAAUCUAACGGAAAACGCGAAAAGUUAUGACGAAUCAAUCAACACACAUUCAUCCGUACCUGAUUCUAUAAAAAAUCGUUUUUCACCUGCCUCGGAAUAUUUCCAUCGUGCUGUAUUAGAAAUGCAAUGGUCUGAAGGUUUACAUUCCAUGGGUUAUCCAAAAUGGCAGUUAGUUAUUUGCUUAUUGAUUGUUUACAUUAUGCUUUAUCUUUCUUUGUUCAAAGGUGUUAAAUCAUCUGGUUUGGUAGUGUGGGUAACGGCUACCAUGCCUUAUGCUGUACUUACAAUACUUUUAAUAAGAGGAUUAAUGCUUCCUGGAGCACUAUCGGGAAUUUCUUAUUAUCUUAAACCAGAACUUACAAAGCUCAAAGACACCCAGGUUUGGGUGGAUGCUGCGGUACAAAUUUUUUAUUCUGUCGGUGCGGGUUUUGGUGUUCAUCUUUCCUAUGCGAGUUAUAAUGAAUUUCAUAAUAAUUGUUUAAAGGAUUGUUUAAUAACAACUGGAGUAAACUGUUUCACAAGUUUUUUCUCAGGAUUUGUUAUAUUUACAUACCUCGGUUUUAUGUCGUACAAACAUGGCGUUCCCAUAAGUUCCGUAGCAACAGAUGGUCCGGGUUUGGUAUUUCAAGUUUAUCCGGAAGCUGUUUCCACUUUACCAGGUUCUAAUUUUUGGUCCAUGUUAUUUUUUUUUAUGCUCAUAAUGCUCGGAUUGGACAGUGCAAUGGGAGGCAUGGAAUGUGUUAUAACAGGUCUCAUGGAUGAAUUUCAUCAUUUUUUCAAAUCCAUUAAAUUUUCAAGAGAAAUUUUUACUUUUUGUGCUGUCACAGUUUCUUUUUCUAUCGCUCUCAUCAACGUUACUCCCGGAGGGAUUUACACAUUUCAUUUACUCGAUACUUAUGCAGCAGGUAUUUCUCUUUUAUGUUCUGCUUUAUUUGAAGCAAUUGCUGUUUCCUGGUUUUACGGUUUAGAAAAAUUUGGAGACGAUAUUGAAGCUAUGAUUGGAAUUCGUCCAGGUUUAUACUGGAGAAUUUGUUGGAAAUUUUUAAGUCCUGUUUUUAUAAUAGGUGUUGUAAUGUUUGGGCUCUUUUAUCAUGAGUCACUACAAUAUGAAGAAUACAGGUAUCCAAGUUGGGCUGAAGGUAUUGGAUGGAGUUUGGCUAUGUCUUCGAUAUUAAUGAUACCUUUAACUGCUAUUAUUACCUUAUGUAGAACCGAAGGCACUCUGAAAGAGAGAAUAGCAAUUAGUAUUUCUCCAAAAGAAGAACAUGAAGAAUUAAGAAGAACUAAAUUGACUGAACGUUUUAAACUACGCCAUUGGCUUUAUGUAUAA